AUGACGGCGGCGCCCGCCCCGCCCCGCGCCCGCCCCCUGCCCGGCCGGGGAGUGGGGGGGUUGGGGGGGGGAGGAGACGGGAAGGUUUUAAAAGCGAUCGGGCCCCGCGGCGGGCCGGCCAGUGAGCGGGGAGGAGCGCAGCCGGCGGCCGCCCCCGUCCCGUCGCUGGCCAGUCGCCGGCCGCCCGCCCGUGCGCUCCUCCGGCCGGGCCCGGGGCGGCGGCGGCUGCCCGGAGCGCCCGGCUCCCCCCCCCGCGGGUGCCAGCUGCCGGCCUCACCCGAUUGCCCCACGUCCCUGUGCCACGGCCGGCUGGGGUUCCUGGGGAUGGGAUUUGGUGUCUGCCACAAAUCACAUUGCCAGGGAUUUCCAACUGACCCUGGGCCUUACCUACGGGGCCGCCACUGCCGAGGAUUCUGCCCCCCAGGGUGGGGUGGCGGGGAGGCCCCCCGUCCCCCAGCCCUGUACCUGGCCUGAGGAAGCAGGGCUUAGCUGCUUGUGAGCAGGGUCCCCAACAAGUCGUGUGUUCACAGUGGCUAAGUUCCGCCCCCCCGGGCCCCGUCUCCUCCUCCUCCUCCUGCGGCCCCUGCCACCCCUCUCCCCCGCGGACGGCUCAGGCCUCCCCCGGGCUCUGCCUCCCGUGCCUACUGAGCUGAAACACAGUUGGUUUGGGAAGACUGGCUCAGUUCAGCAGGAACAGGAGUCAAGCCCCCUCGGAGCCUGUGGCCUCCCGCCUCCCCUGGGUGGGCCGGUGUUGCCCGGGGGGGUUCUGGAAGAGGGACGUGGGAGGGAUGGGGCCUGGGAUGGGGGGUGGCUGGGUGGCUGGGCCCAGCUGUCUGCUGCAGGCUCCCCCUCCUCCGCUCUGCACUUGAGGACCCCCCCCCACCCCAGAGCCCCUCCUCUCCCGAGUGGGACAGGGGCACGGGCUGGUCCUGUACCUCCCAAGCUGCCAGUUACCCAAGAGGAAGCUGCCGUGGGCCCCCAGACCGUUAAAUGCCACCUCCAGGCUUCCGGAACCAGGCUGGUCUGCUGGAGCACGCCUGGCCCCUCCAGCUUCCUAAAUUCGGGGGAGGGGCAGUGACCCCCUGCUCGGGCCCACGGGGAGGGGAUCAAGGUCCCCCAUGGGUCUGCUCGGUGCUGGGGCCCCUCUGUACGGCCCUCCCACCCUUUUUCUGGCCUAGGAAAAAUGCAAGUUCAAGUGGAGAUUCUGCCCAGAUGAGAUGGGGAGGGGCUGGCAGGCCCAGAGAGCCCCCCAAGGGGGGCUGAUACCCUGAGCCCCCCAGAGCUGGUCCCUGCUGUUUGAUUAAAUAAAAGUUGCCCCCGCUUCA